ACUGCACCGCCAGCCAGCCAGAGGUUAUGCCCACCUCGAACGCUCGCGCAUGGGUUGUUGUUUCGGCCACCUGUUCUUCGUUUUGCUACAAGACGCAGUAGUGGCCCCCUCCUUUGUUUCACAAGUCAGGCUUCGAUUUUGGCUUUGCUUGUGCUCCGACGCCCAGCGUCAUACCAAAAGCAAAACACCGGCAACUUUCUUUUUCCUUGUUCUUCUUCUUCUUCGCAAGAUACCUCUGGUUUACGGCGUUCUCGGCGUUGUGCCCGUCAUCUCACCCACGACCGUCGCCCCAAAUGGUACGGGACAUCAUGUGUGAUCAUAGUCACGGGAAUAAUAGAGACAUGGGAUGGCAUUAUGGUGGAUUGAUAGACACGAACAAACGGAAAUGGCUUGGGCGAGCAGCACCUAAAUUGCACCUCAUAAUCAUGUCUCUAAUGCUAAUCACGAUAUGCCAAUCCACUCCCGUUGUCCUCGCGGCCCUGACGGAGCCCCCUUUCCACACGCUUUCAUUGAAAGACGAUGCUUCCAACGGAUCUUCGCUGCUCCAGUGCCUACAGGUCACGCCGCCAGUCUUCAGUCCGCCCAGCGAGUGUCGACAAACGCUCAUGGAGCACACGUUUGCCAGAUCGUACGGUCAGCCGUUUGUUGCUGAAUACCAGCCGCCCGACUGCGCCUUCAACAGGGUCACCAUCAACUUGACAGUCACUUCGGCUGGCCGACAGUUUGAUCGGCUCGCCGUCAUGUUCCUGGGCGACGUCGAGGUCUUCCGUACGUCGACUGCUGAACCCACCAAAGGCGGCAUCGUCUGGAGCCAUGUCAAGGAUAUGAGCAGCUACCUUGCCCUCUGGAAGACGCCACAAAAGAUUAUUUUCGACCUGGGAAACCUCAUUGAUGACAAGUACACUGCCUCUUGGAAUACGACAUUGACGGCAACCUUCUUUACCGCUCAAGAGACAAUUGCCCCUGCACAUGCCGUCAUCCCCGUCUCGGCUCGAAAGGCUGCUGAUAAUCUGUCCAGCGUGUUCGUCGUGCCGCAAUCUCGAGCCGUCGACACGGUUGUGCUGCCGCAAAACGUCAACAAGGCAGUCUUCUCCAUUUCGGCUUGCGGACAGGGCGACGAGGAGUUUUGGUGGAGCAACGUGCUUUCAUCCGACACGGCCGCCUUUGGCAACGCCUCGACGCUGUACGGCUACUCGCCCUUCCGAGAGGUGCGACUUUUGAUUGACGGUCAACUGGCGGGGCUUGCGUGGCCUUUUCCAAUUAUCUUCACAGGAGGUAUUGUGCCGGCGCUUUGGCGGCCUGUUGUUGGGAUCGACGCAUUCGAUCUUGUCGACGACGAAAUCGACAUCACGCCAUUCAUACCCUUACUUAACGACGGCAAGGACCACACGUUUGAAAUCCAAGUCGUCGGUAUCGACGAUGAUGGGAAAGGCAGCGGCAAAUUCACCACGGCCAUUGGUUCCAACUGGGUCGUCACUGGCAAGGUGUUUGUCUGGGUGGAUUCGGACGAUCAAGCCGUAACGGGAACAGGGCCCAGGUCGGCUUCGGUCGCCGACAUUCGCGUGCACUCUACACCAAAUCACGGCACAGAUGAUAGUCUGGCUUCGUUGGAUUACACGACCCAGGUGACGCGCAGCUUGCAGGUCGAGUCGACACUGCACACGGCCGGGGGAUCCACCAGGGUUGCAUGGAGCCAGAACAUGACCUUUUCGACUACCGGGACGCUGAGCAACAAGGGAAAUGAUCAGAUUGUCCAGCUCUCCAGCACCGGGCGGCAAGCGGCCUUGACAGGCUAUUCGCGAAGUUUCCGAUAUCCCCUUUGGGUCGGAUCGUCCUACCAGGCCCCGCCAAACGGCAAUGUCACGAUUGAUGCAAGCAUUCGGCGAGGCAAAUGGGUCGAGCAGCUGGGCAAUUUGGCCUUUGCAAACGACUGGCAGACGUUCAACUACCGUGACCUGCUGCCCUCGUACUCUGGCACUAGUAACCGGACAUUUGCAGGCACAGCGGUGAGGAAUACGCAAAAAGGCACAGGGUCCUACCUAGCGGUUCCAGGGUCAAAAGUAGCAUAUGGCUCAGGGACCACAGAACAACACUUGGCGUUGAGCGGCAUUAACAGCGAAAGCCCUGCGACAAUGGUCCCGAGUGACUGCAGCCGCAGCAGCGCACCGGGCCCACCACGACGGGCGGCCAUGUCCCCCCCGUACCCGAUAUACGAAAGGCGUGUUGUAGCGGCCAACAACUCCGUCGUGUAUGACAGUGAGCUUUACGGUGGUGAUGCAGUCCAUGGCCUUAGCACUACCUUUACCGCUUCUAGUGAGCAGGUCAACCGCGCCGGUCACAGUGGGGCUCGCGAAUUCGCGCAAAAGCGGAUUAAGGCGGUGCUAGAGCGGGGACCCGCUUAG